AUGACUGACCCAACAAUGCAAAUUCCUGAUUUUGUUCAAUCUGAAACAUUUAAAAUGCAAGUUGAACCAUCAAACAAAGACACUUAUGUCGGUACAGUUUCAUUUCAAGAAAUGGGAUUGAAAAAAGAAAUUAUGCAAUCUAUUACUGAUUGUGGGUUUGAACAUCCAUCUGAAGUUCAGUCACAAGUAAUUCCAAAGGCAUUGUUACGUCAAGACAUAUUAUGCCAAGCAAAAUCAGGUAUGGGUAAAACAGCUGUUUUUGUAUUAUCAAUUCUUAACCAAGGGUUAUUCUUAGGGGAUCAUGUUUCUGCCAUUGUUAUUUGUCAUACCCGUGAACUUGCUCGACAAGUUCAAAAUGAAUUUGAUAGAAUGAAAAAAAGACUUGUUGAGUCAAUUGGUAAAGACAUUCAAACAGCUAGUUAUAUUGGAGGAAAUCCAGAAUCAAAUGAUGUAGAUGAUUUAAAAAAUAGAAAACCAACUAUUAUUGUUGGUACACCAGGAAGAUUAGCUUCUUUAAAUAAUUCUGGGGCAUUAGAUCUUAGUAAACUUGAUACCUUUGUUAUUGAUGAAUGUGAUAAAAUUCUUUCAUCUAAGUCUGAACUUGAUAUCAUGUCAUUGUUUAUGAGCUCUUCAAAGAAUAAACAAGUGAUGAUGUUUUCAGCAACUAUUUCUGAACAAAAUAAAGCCUUAUGUCGUAAGUAUUUAAAGAACCCAUUUGAGGUAUUUAUUGAUGAUGGAGAAAAGUUAUUCCUUCAUGGACUUCACUUAUAUAGUAAAAAAUUACAAGACAUGGAAAAGCAAGAUAAAUUAGGAGAAAUAUUAGAUGAAAUUGAUUUCAAUCAAGCUAUUAUUUUUGCUGAUCGUAAAGAACGUUGUCAAGCUAUUGUUCAAAGAUUGAAGAAAGAAAAAUAUCCAUGUGGUAUUCUUUAUGGUAGGAUGGAAGAAUAUUUAAGAGAAAGAGAGUUUGAGAGAUUCAGAAAGGGUGAAAGUAGAAUUUUAGUUUCAACUGAUUUAUGUGGAAGAGGUAUUGAUAUUGAAAAAGUUAAUUUGGUUGUUAACUUUGAUAUGGCUUUAGACUCUGAUCAAUUCUUGCAUAGAGUAGGAAGAGCUGGAAGAUUUGGAACUAAAGGAGUUGCUAUUUCAUUUAUUGAUACUGAAGAAGAUGAAAAAGUUUUGAAAGAAGUCCAAUCAAGAUUUGCAGUACAAAUGAAAGAAUUACCAGAUGACUUGAAAGAAAUUCCAUCCACAUAUUACAAGUAA